AUGGGAAAUUCAGUUGGUGGUGUAUUAUCGGGAGUUAAUCCCUUUGAUUACAAUCCUAGUUCUCCCAUUACAUUAUUUUUAUUCCAAACAUGUUUGAUUCUAUUGAUGUGUAAUUUAUUACAUAUGGUGAUAGGAAGGUUAAGGCAGCCUAAAGUUAUUUCUGAGGUUAUUGCAGGGGUAAUAUUAGGUCCUACAGUUUUUGGGCAGAUUCCAAAUUAUACCAAUACUGUGUUUCCAAAAGAAUCAAUUCCUGGUCUGAAUUUGACUUCAAAUCUAGGGAUUAUCUUAUUCAUGUUUUUUUUAGGUUUGGAGGUCGAUACUGAAUUUAUUAAAAAACACAUCAAAACUGCACUAUCUAUUGGUAUCAUCAGUUUAGCAUUUCCAUUUGGCUGUGGUUGUUUAUUAGCUAUUCCACUUUUCCAUACGUAUGCAAACCAAGAUCCUACAGCAAGACAUGUCAAGUUCACUGUAUUUAUGGUGUUCAUUGCUGUUUCUAUUUCAGUUACAGCGUUUCCUGUGUUAUGUCGUAUAUUGAACGAGCUAAGAUUAAUCAAAGAUAGAGCUGGUAUCGUCGUCUUGGCAGCGGGUAUUAUUAAUGACAUUCUGGGUUGGAUUUUAUUGGCUCUGAGUGUCAUUUUGUCUAACUCUGAAUCUGAUCCCGUAAAUACCGUUUACAUUUUACUGUGUACAUUUGGCUGGUUCCUAUUGUACUUUUAUCCAUUAAAAUAUUUCCUAAGAUGGGCACUAAUCAAAGCCAAUGAAUUGGAUAGACCUACUCCUUCCCCAUUCGCAACUAUGUGUAUAUUAUUUUUAAUGUUCAUCUCGGCUUAUUUUACAGAUAUUAUUGGAGUUCAUCCAAUUUUUGGUGCCUUUAUUGCAGGUUUAAUAGUACCAAGAGACAAUAAUUAUGUUGUAAAACUGGCUGAAAGAAUGGAGGAUAUUCCAAACAUUGUACUAAUUCCAAUUUAUUUCGCCGUUGCAGGUUUGAACGUCGAUUUAACUUUACUAAAUGAAGGUAGGGAUUGGGGUUAUGUUUUUGCAUCAAUUGGUGUUGCUAUUUCUGCAAAAGUUGUCUCAGGUACAGCUGUUGCUAAAUUACACGGUUUGUACUUCAGAGAAGCUGCUGCAGUUGGUAUUCUUAUGUCAUGUAAAGGUAUUGUUGAAAUCGUCGUUUUAACUGUUGGUUAUAAUGCAGGCAUUAUUAGCAGAAAAAUAUUUGGUAUGUUCAUUCUAAUGGCUUUAGUUUCCACAUUUGUUACUACACCUUUGACACAAUUGGUGUAUACAGAUGAGUAUAGAAAAAAGAUUCAACAAAAAAUAAACAAAAAUACAGAUAGUGACAAUGAAAAAUCCCUUUUCGAAAGCGAGGAUGUGAUAAUAGAAGAUUCAGAAGUACAUUCCUUGGAAAAGUUUGAACAAAUACGUACUUUUUACCCAUCUGAAGUUAUCACUAUAAUUAAUUCAGUUGAUUCUAUCCCACCGAAUUUAGAAUUAUUAGAUCUACUGAUCAGUGGGAGAUCGUGUUCUAUGAAAUCCAUACAUAAUACACAGGAAAAUAUGGUUAGUAGAAAAUCUAGUGUCUCAACGUUAAAAUCAAGAUCAAAUAGAAUCAAAAAGUUCUUGUCACCGCAUAAAGAAGAAAUGGAACUUUCAAUGGCUACUAUUGCAGAAGCUCCUUCUAGUUUUGAUGCUAUUAUACCUUUAAAGGCGGUGCAUCUUAGAAUGUUAACGGAAAGAACAGCAGAUCUGUUACAGUCAUCGGCUUACUAUAAUGAUGACCCACAAUUUACUGCUAGUACAGAUUCUGUUCUGCAAAUUUUUGAUAUAUUCUCAAGAAUCAGUAAGCUUCCCUUUUCUAGUGAUGUGAUAUUCUCAACAGUUAGAGAAAAGGCAACAAAUAUUGUCUCUAUGGAUUAUAAUGAGACGGAUGUGAUACUCAUUUCAUUGAAGGGAAUUAUGUUAAUGGGGAAAAAUAAUUUGGUAUUAAAUGAUGAAUAUUCAUCUUUUGAUGGCAUAUAUUCUCACAUAUUAGGUGUAAAUGAGUUAUCCUCCUCUUUUUUCCAAACAAUCGCAGCAUCCUUAAAGGCCCAUUUUCUUUUGCAUAUUACAAACUCAAGCGGAAAGCUUGUAGUGGAUAGAUUUAAGAUAAAGAGUUUUAAUUUACUUCUUCCAAAUCCAAAUCUAUCAUCGUCAGAUUAUUUUGCUAUACAUACAUUGAUUGCCAUUUGCUAUGGAGAACUUCGUAAUGGACAUUCAUUGCAUGCGACAAUAUUUGUGAAUAGCAAGAAUGCAGAAUUAUCGAAUAUGUUACGUGAUUUAUUUUCUAAUGAUGACUGGCUAGAUAUUUCAAUUUUAAAUAUCGUUACAAUUGACACAACCUUAUCAGAAACUUCAGAAUCAAGCUCUUUUAUUGAUUCUGUUAUGGAUAGUGGUCUAAUUAAUAAGUACGACAUUGAAGAAAGUACUUUUAUAAUUCCUGAACAUUUGUUCUCUAAGUAUGAUCCUUUUAAUGAAGAAGUUAAAGAGACGAUAUUGCAUGCAGCUAAUAAGAAAUUCAAUGUUCUAGUCGCUCACUACAAUUAUCAUAAUACGAAUUUUAAAAAAAGUGAGUCGAUAUCUUGA